AUGAAUGCACUAAGAGCAAUUGAUUUCAAAAGAGAUGACCCCAACAAUGUUUCAGUGAGUGUGCUGGAUCAGUUAUUGCUACCUUACACAACCAAAUACAUCCCAAUAUACACAAUCGAUGACGGUUUUACAGUGAUCAAGAAGAUGCAAGUCAGAGGUGCUCCUGCUAUUGCUAUAGUCGGUGCCUUGUCUGUUCUUAUGGAGUCCCAAUUGCUUCUUUCUGAAGGAUUCUGCAAGACGCAAUAUUACUACAACUUGAAUGAUUGGGAAAACAUCAGAUCAAAGAUUGAUGAAAGAUUGGCCUUUCUUCUAAGUAGCAGACCAACUGCAAUUAACCUAUCCAAUGCAUUGGAUGAGAUUAAGAUUGUUCUUGAUUCUGCUUCCGAUCUACAGACAUUUAAGAACAAUCUUUUUGAUUAUGUCUGCAAACUUAUCGAUGAUGAUUUUGCUAACAAUAAGCGAAUGGGUGAUAAUGGUGCCGAAUUUCUAUUGAAUUUAUUGAAGAAGGAGAAUUUCAAUGAGGAUUUUGCUGUAUUUACCAUCUGUAACACCGGCUCUCUUGCCACCUCUGGUUAUGGUACCGCACUUGGUGUCAUCAGGUCUUUGUGGAAUGAUUCUAAAAGCAAAACCCAAGAGGGAAAUCCUAAUAAGAAGGUCAAACUUACCGAAAGUUCACCCAAAAUGGUACAAGUUUUCCCUCUUGAAACUAGACCAUAUAACCAAGGAUCAAGAUUAACGGCCUACGAACUAGUUCACGACGAUAUCCCCGCUACACUUAUACCAGAUAGCUCAAUUGCAUACAAAAUUAUGACCAGUAAGAUACCAAUCAAAGCUGCAUUUGUAGGUGCCGAUAGAAUUGUAAGAAAUGGUGAUACCGCCAAUAAAAUUGGUACUCUCCAACUGGCUAUUAUUUGUAAGCAGUUUGGCAUUAAAUUCUUUGUGGUAGCUCCAAGAACCACAAUUGACAAGGUUACAGAAGAAGGUAAGGAUAUUAUUGUUGAAGAAAGAAAUGCAAAUGAGUUCAAGAUAGUCACGGGUUCCGCUGUUGACAUGCAGACAAACAAACCAAUUCUUGAUGAGAAGAACGAACCUAUAACUGCCAAAGUUGGAAUUGCUCCAGAAAAUAUUAAUGUAUGGAAUCCUGCCUUCGACAUUACCUCUUUUGAAUACAUUGACGGUAUUGUCACCGAAGUUGGUGUCUUUACAAAGAAUGAAAAUGGAAAUUUUGACUUAUCAGCAUUACACUGA